AUGGCUGCGGUGAUGCCUGGAUUAGAUAGGCGGGGUGGCGAGCCGCGACCGGUCUCUCGCUCGCGCAGCAGCAGCCGUCCGGCGGUUGACUGUCCCCAGUUCCUCACCAGGCACCGGCCUGCAGCCGCAGGAGGUCCGCCGAUUCCGGAAGUGUAUGAACGGAAGCGAGUACUCGGCAAGGGCGGGUUCGCGGUGGUUUUCGAGGUCGUGCGGCGGAGUGAUGGCACCGCAUGGGCAUGCAAGGUUGUCAACAAGGCCUCCCUCGUGAAGCCGCGGGCGAAGGCCAAACUGAAGACGGAGAUCGAGAUUCACGAGCAGCUCAUUCACACCCACGUGGUGCGGUACGUCGACGCGUGGGACGACGACCAGAACGUGUACAUUUUGAUGGAGCUCUGCUCUGGCAAGAACUUGGCCGACAUCGUCAAGGCGAGGGGCAGGCUGGACGAGAGGACGGCGGCGGUGUACGUGGAGCAGAUCCUGGACGCGAUGUACUUUCUCAUGAAGAGCAAGGUCAUCCACAGGGACCUGAAGCUCUCCAACCUGUUCCUGGACGAGCGCGGGCGCAUCAAGAUCGGGGACUUCGGCCUCGCAUGCAUGCUCAAGUACGACGGCGAGCGCAAGACGACCAUCUGCGGGACCCCGAACUACAUCGCUCCGGAGGUGCUGGCCGGGCGGGAGGGGCACAGCUACGAGGUGGACGUGUGGUCGCUCGGGGUGAUCAUCUACGCGAUGCUGGUGGGGCGGCCGCCGUUUGAGACGGACGACGUCAAGCGCACGUACCGCCGGAUCCGCAACAACGCGUACAGCUUUCCCGACACCGUCUACGUCGCGGAGGACGCGCGCCUGCUCGUCAGCUCCAUCCUGCAGCAGAAGCCGUGGAUGCGCCCCACGCUCGCCGACAUCUACAACUCGGCCUGGCUGCGCCGCGUGCGGGGCGCGCCGCCGCCGCCGGGCCACUGGUCGCACGUGCAGGUCGUGCCGUCGCCCGCGCGCGCCCCCGCCGCGCACGCCCCCGCACGGCACCCCAUCGAGGACCUCCUCCGGUCCCCCGCCUCGGUGCGGUCGCCCCUCAAGCCCAUCCCCGAGCGCCAACAGUACGGCGUGGGCCGGGAGAACAGCGCCAAGCGCAACCUGCUGGGCAGCGGACUGGCGGGCCCGCGCGGCGCGGAGAACGUCGCCCCCGCGGCGUCGGCGUCCACGCAGCGCGUCGAGAGGGCGGCGCUGACGCCGCAGUCGCAGGGCACCGUCGAGCUCCGGCCGGAGUGCAGGCCCACCACUGCCGCGGAGCGCACCCCGCAGAGCACGUUCGCGGGGCUGCCUCCCGCGGGGCUCCCCGGACAGGUUGCGCGGCCCGCCAGCGCGCGCACGCCACGCCACGGGGGCGAGGCUGCGCCGGGGCCGUACGCCGCGGGGGUGUUUUCCCAGCACAACUCCAGGUCGGCCAGCCCGAUCCGCGGCGCGCCGGAAUCGGCCGCGCCGGUGCAGCUGCAGCAGGCGCAGAAGAACUUCGACGAGGCGUUCGGCGCGGUGCCGUCCGCGAGGACGGAUGCGACUGGUUCCCGCGCGCAGGUCCUGCCCUCCGCGCGGGUGGAGAGCAGGUGCCACGUGGUGUCCUGGGUGGACUACUCGAGCAAGUACGGCGUGGGGUACCUCACGAGCGCGGGCGGCAUCGGCGUCCUGUUCAACGACGCGUCGCGGAUCCUCCUCCUGCCGUCCCGCACACACCUGCAGUACAUCCCCCGACGCGGCGCCGCCGCGGAGGACCAGGGGGUGUUCCGCGUCGGCGAGGCGCUGCCGGACGACCGGGACCUGAACAAGAAGGUCACGCUCCUGUGGCACUUCGAGAAGUACCUCCUGCGGCCUGACUCGAGGGGCGUGGCCUACGCCGCGCAGACCAAGGGCCGCGCCGGGGCGGAGCGCGUGCUGGCGGGGCGCGAGACGGCGUCGGGGGCGUCCAGCAAGGCGGACGCGGCGCGGGAGCUGCAGGGCAUGGCGCAGGCCAAGAAGUGGCUGCGCACGAAGCACGCGAUGAUUUUCCGCCUGAACAACAAGACCAUCCAGGUGGAGUUCUUCGACGCGUCGGGGCUGGUGCUGGCCUCGGAGGGCGGCGACGUGACGUACACGGACAAGACGGGCAGGACGCAGCACCUGCGGCUGGACCGCCUGCCCGAGGACCCGCAUCUGCUCAAGCGCCUGCGGUACUGCAAGGACGUGCUGUCCUCGCUGGUGUCCGCAGCCAGCUGA